AAUGCAGCAUCUGCUUUUAUCAUGUUCUCUUUGGGAAACUCAGGAAACAGGUGUCCUGCACUGGUAAAAUCUUGCUGUUGAUACCUGAAUUGAAAGAGUGGGGCCCCAGAAGAGCUGAUAUAAAUACGGGAUUUAAGGAUAUGAGAAAGAAGGGAGGCUGCUUUCUCUACUGCUGUGUUGGGGAGCAGCUGAUUUUUGUUUUAUUUCUUGUAGUUCCUCCUAUUUUUUAGGAAAGGAAGGGGAUAAGUAUUUGUGUGGCUAUAGCAAUAGCCAGACACUGGAUUCAGACUUCAGUCUUGCUGGGAGAAGAAAACAAAUGGGGUUUCAGAGCCGGGAUGCAGCCGGAGCUGUGGAUCUCCUCUCCUCCGGAGCUGCUCUCCUCUUCGGGCAGUGCAACGGUGCUGGGUCUCGGUGAAUCCAGGCAGUUCGGGAGAAGAAUGUUAACCACCGGUCCCUAGCAGCGUAUCCUGACUUCUGAUCUCUUAUAUUAAAGAAAAAUACCCAUUUCAGAGAGAGUGCAAGACUGUGUGAAAGUAGAGAAUACCACACUCCAGCUUAAAAAAAGAGAAGAUCAAGUCUGGAGUUUCUCUGACUUCGUCUGAAAUUGUAGGCAUGAUCAAUUUGUUUAAGAAACCUUACAAGAAAAAGGCAGGCAAAUUCCAGCCUUUCAAGAAGCUCUUCAGCAAGAGGAAGAAAAGAGAGCCCGCCUCAGACUGUGAGGAACCCAAGCUGAAGCCCAGCCACUCCUUCAGCAAUAUCUGCAACGGCACCUUCUCCUCCGAUGAAGAGCCAAACAGUGGGCUGAGAUCCUCCCAUUAUUCUAUGGGCAGUCGAGCUUUUUCCCAUGACAGUAUUUUUAUACCUGAUGGGAGAACAGAGGGUGAACAGGCCAUCCAAGCAAUGUCACAGGAGAACGUUUUAGGAAAAGUCAAAACUCUUCAGCAACAGUUGGCCAAGAAUAUAAAAUUUGGGCAGCCUCCACAAAUGACAGUUUCUGCAAGGACAAUGGGGGAAGCAAACACUAGUAUAGAAGAGGAUGUGUUGCUCAGCAGCCCCAUGGAGAUGGAGACUCAGCAGGUCACAGUGAUCUCAGGCAGUGGUAAUAAACCCACUGACACACCAGAUUUCUUGAGAAUGCUAAAUUUGCCUGGAACAGGACAUGAAGUGGAAGAAAAGGUCACUCCAGUCAAAUCAGCUCGGCCAAAAAGACAAUUUUCCUGUUCUGGCACAAUUGAAACAAUCAAUUUGGAUUCAGUUCCCCAGGCUGUUGCUCGUCUAGACAACAGUGCAGCUAAGCACAAGCUGUCAGUGAAGCCAAAAAAGCAGAGGGUAUCAGGAAAGCACAAGAGACUAACAAAGGGAUCACAAAGUUUAACAAUAACAGAAUUUGAGCCAGAGGACCUGGAAACUCAGCUGUAUGAGGACAUAUAUCCAGGUUAUAAUGGACAGUUCAUAGCAGACAAGCUAAUCCAAGGCAGAAAUGAGCAGAAGCAGCUUCAGCUUGCAGAGGAGAAAAGAAUUGAAGAUCACUGGGGGAUCCUUGAGGCUGAAAGGAUAAGACAGAUUGUAGAAAUGGAUGAACAAAGAGAAAUGGAAGAAAAAAGGUGCCAAGAACUUGAACAGAUGCGUAAAGAACAGGAGAAAAGGUGUUGUGAAGAAGAGAUGAGGCAGUAUCUCCUUGAGGGAGAGCUAUCUUUGGAAACAGAAGAGCAAACAUGCUAUAAAGAGGAGAGAAGACUGACAGAGACUGAAAAGAGGCAAGAGCUGGAGAAGAUGAGGUGUCAGGAACCAGAGAAGCAAAGGCAGAAGGAGCUGGAGGAGCAACAAAGUCGAGAGCUGGAGGUGCAAAAACUCAAGGAACAGGAGGAGCAACAGAGACGAGAGCUGGAGAUGCAAAAGCUCAGGGAGCAGGAGGAACAACAGAGACGAGAGCUGGAGGUGCAGAAGCUCAAGGAACAGGAGGAGCAACAGAGACAAGAGCUGGAGGUGCAGAAGCUCAAGGAACAGGAGGAGCAACAGAGACGAGAGCUGGAGGUGCAGAAGCUCAAGGAACAGGAGGAGCAUCAGAGACGAGAGCUGGAGAUGCAAAAGCUCAGGGAACAGGAGGAACAACAGAGACGAGAGCUGGAGGUGCAGAAGCUCAAGGAACAGGAGGAGCAUCAGAGACNAGAGCUGGAGGACCAGAGGUGCAGGGAAUGGGAGGAACAUCAGAGGCAAGAGCUAGAUGAACGGAAGCACUGGGAACAGGAGGAGCAGAGACAUAAGGAAUUGGAGGAGCAGAGGCAUCAGGAAUGGGAAGAGAAGUGCAAAGAGCUGGAGGAGAAACAGAGACAAGAGCUGAAGGAGCAGAAGAGGAUAGCACUGGAAGAAUUAAGGCAACACAGGACUGACAAAGAGUGUCAAGAGGAAGAAGAAAGAAACUGGCUAGAGGAACCAAAAGUACUCAAGGAACAAAAUAAGGAAGAAAUACAGAGAGGAGACCUAGAAGAGAAAGAGCUUCAAGUCACUGAAAUAAAACUGAAGGAGAAAGAACCUGAGAGCCUCAAACAAGAGAAGAAACAGGAGGAACAAAGGCAUUUGAAGGAGAAAGGAGAAAAGACAGAUAAGGAACAACCCCAGCAAGUAAUAGACAAGAAAAAGAAACGGGAAGAGCAGAGGAAACACAAGCUCAUAAAACAAAUGCACAUGGAAAGUUCAGAGGGUGUGCCACAAGAUGAACUGAAGCAGCAGAAGGAACAAAAUGGACAAGAAUGGAAUGAGCUGGAAGAGCAGAUGACAGACAGAGAAGGACAAAAUCUUCAGCAAACCCAAGAAACAUCCUUGGAACAGCCACAAGACAAGGAUCAGUUCUGUUCCAGAGGGGCUGAUAGGCAUCCAACAGAGGAGAAGCUCCAAGAAGGAUCAAGAGCCCAAAAUCUCAAACAGCCCGAAAAAGGGAGUAAAACAGCAGAAGAAAUGCUAGCCCAGAAACUGAAGAGAGAUGUUGAAGCUCAGGAGCAAAAGCGCAUAGGGGAAGAACUUCGGUGGCAAGAGGUAGAUGAAAGACAAACUGCAUCCAGACCCUUCACAUUUCAAGUGUCUUCUGGAGAUAAACAGAUCAUAUUUCAGAAAGUAAAUCUGAGUCCUGUCACACCCAUCAAAGGAACAGGACUCUCUUCUCCAUCUGUCAAAGACUGCAGGGUGCACACCAUCAGUAAGGGCUCUCACACCCUCCCAUCAUCUGCGUGUGUGCCCCACACAGCUAUUUUGGUUACUGGAGCACAGCUGUGUGGCACAGCAGUUAACCUGAACCAGAUUAAGGACACGGCUUGCAAAUCAUUACUUGGCUUAACAGAAGAGAGGAAAAAUGUGGAAAUUCCUUCACCAGAGAAGUCCCAGAAAAAAAAACAGGAUCUCAAACCUAGCAGCAGUAAAAUUAAACACGCUCAAGAGACAUUGAACAACCAGGCCGUACUAGCUGAGUGGGCCUCUAUUCGCUCCAGAAUACUGAAGAAUGCAGAAAACAACAAAUAUAAUGAGAGAGACCGAGUAAGUGCCUGCAGGCACAGUGACGACUGGACACCCCGAGGACGGGGUGCUCCCCAUGGUAAUUUAAGGAAAACCCUUUCUGCAAAUGCAAAGUUCUCAAUAACACCAGCAUGGCAGAAAUUUUCAGAAGUUUCAAAAAUCAAUUCAGACCCUGAGAAUGUAAGUGUGGCAAAAGGCAAUGAAACAGUGGCUGUGGGGAGAAACACUGGCUCAUCCGCUGAUUUGAAGGAGGAUGUGGCUACCACUUUUAAGGAUAAUCUAGUUGAAAAGGCUAAGGAGAAAGUGGAAGCCCAUAGUGAAGUGACAGACAAUACAGAAGGCUGUAAAUUUGCAAAAGAUCUUCCAUCUUUCCUUGUUCCAAGUUUUCCUCAUUCUCCAGGUAAAGAAUUACCUAAGCCAGAACUUCCCAGUGCUCUGGAAAAUCAGCAAAAUAACAGCACAAAAAAAGCAGAUAAACCGUCACCAAAUGGAGAAGAAAAUGUUUCUCCUUUUGGGAUAAAGUUACGAAGGACAAACUACUCUUUACGUUUCCAUUAUGAUCAACAAGUGGAGCAAAGGAAAAAGAAAAGAUACAGUGCAGGAGACAGUUUUGACGGUGUGCCUGACCCACUCACCUCAACAGAAGGUGAGAAAGAAUCCACUGUUUUUGCUCCACAAGAGAGUACUUCCCCCGAAGUGGGGAGAGCAAAUGUCCCCGGUAAUUUAAAAGACUCUUCAAGUACUGUGACUGAGUUUUCACAGCCAGUGGGCACACCAGUGAUCCCACCAGCCACUGGCCAGAGUGCUUUACCUGCUCAUGAGAAACCAGCAUGCAAGUCAGUGGUCCCACAGAAACCUGCUAUAGCUCCGAAGCCCACCAGCCAAACCCCACCAUCAUCUCCUCUCUCUAAAAUGAACAGAUCAAACCUAUCUGAAAUGCUGGGGCAAAGGGUGGCUAAAGCUGAAUCAGAUGGUGGCUGGAGAAAAGAAGACAGAGCAAAUGCAGUGCAGCCCACACCAUCUGAUGAGUACAAAAAUGAAGAGGAAGAAAUCAAAGAAAAGAAGUCAUUUUUCCCAUCUCUAAGUAUUCCAUGGAGAGAAAAAAAUGACAAAAAGCCUGAGCCAUUGAAGAAAGAAAAGCCUGUCCUCCAGAGCAGGCACUCUUUAGAUGGCUCUAAAUUGAUGGAAAAAGUGGAAACUUCACAACCGCUUUGGAUUACAUUGGCACUGCAAAAGCAAAAGGGAUUUCGUGAGCAGCAAGCCACAAGGGAAGAAAGGAGACAAGCCAGAGAGGCAAAGCAAGCAGAGAAGCUGGCUAAAGAAAAUGCUGCUGUAAGUAAUCAGUCAGAUAAUAAAAGUAGUAGCAGCAAAACGAGCACACUGCAGAAAUCUACAACUCAAGAAGGGGAGAAGAAAACUGAGACUGCUGUGUCAAGACUAGAAAGAAGGGAGCAGCUAAAAAAGUCAAACACCCUUCCAACUUCUGUGACAGUGGAAAUUUCAGAUUCUGUUCCAUCAACCCCACUGACAAAAGAGGUGGCCAAGAGGUUCUCUACGCCUGAUGCUAACCCUGUGUCAACAGAACCAGCCUGGCUUGCGUUAGCCAAGAGGAAAGCAAAAGCCUGGAGUGAUUGUCCACAGAUCAUAAAGUAAACUGUAAAACUACAUCUCUAUUGCUAUUAAUUGCUUUCUUUUAUUUAUUCUGCAUUUUACACAUGACAAAAUUGAAAAUGCAUGUAUGGAAGGACUGAAAAUUGAACUGAUUACCAUUUUGCUCUAGCUCACUGUUAAGCCUACUCAAGUCAUAUAUUCCAUUGCUUUGACAAAUAGCUAAAUGAGGUCAUGGCAAAAAUUUCACAGCCAGACUCUCAAAAACUUAAGAAUGCUCAGAUACUGGAUGUAAAUUUUAGUGAGUAUCAUAAUAAGGGCCAGAACUUCAGUUCAGAUGCUUCUUAAAUUCUGUGGGUACUCGGUUCUGGAAUUUUAGAUCUCUAUACUUUAAUCGAGAUCUCAGAAUUUUUUUUCAGCAGUCUGUUGUUAAAAUUAAGGCAAGAUGCAUGUUCCCUUCUCUUAUUCAUAAUUUUUAAAAAAAUGUUAAACUGUAUGAACUGUCAGUUCUGCCUGCUAUUUGAAAGCUUUUUCCCUAAUGAAGAACUUCGGGAUAUACCGUUCCACAUGCAAAUAAUAAGCAGAAAGAUGGUACCAUCCAAAUGCUGAGGUAAUUUCUUCCAUUGUAGUAUUAAUAUACUACAUCUAUAUUCCCUCAUUCCUAGGAAAAAAACAAUUAAUCCUACUUUAAAAACCCCACAGUUAUUUGAGCAAAUAUCAUUAAGUUUUCAAAAAGAAGCCAAGAAGUCAGUGUUUCUUCUAGUCAUUUAAAUGCAUCACUGUUUGUGCUUGGCCAUAUUUAAGAUGCAUAGAGACAGUGAUUGCAGAUUACAACUUUAAAUCAAUUGAAUGACUGGAAUUAAACUGUUCUACACUGCAAAUGUAGCUAUGGAAUUUGUCUCAGUAAGUUCCCACAGGAGUAAGACUGGCAGAACUGAAGUUAACUGAGAAUGGAAAGCUAAGUCAGUGAGAGUCUCAGGAGUUUUAACUCGGCAUUCUUCCCGAUUUUACUCCCAGUUUUACAUGCAACUUCAGGUAGUUCAGAUAACUUCCUGUACUUUGACCAAUACAGCCAGAUCACUUCAGAAAAGGUUACUUACCCCAUCUCAGGUAUCUGCUGUGGCAAUUGAAAACUGUAUUACUUCACCUAACUAAAAUAAAAAUGUUCACUCCCUCUCUCUUACAAAAAAGGAUAAAGUCCAAGAUGUAAUAAAAAUGUCGCUAUCCUCAACAUCCCAUAGAAAUAGCUAGGUCUGCAUUUUUGAAAGUCAUGCUAUUAAAUAGUUCACUUGGGUUUGUUUUACAAGGAAGACUUUAAAAAAUCUGUAUGUCUCAUAACCAUAAGGCUUAAAAGAACCUUUAAGCCUACAACAUCAUAAAAGGAGACAUUUUCAUAAAAUGAAGACAUAUCAUUAUAGAAUGAUGCCACAUAUGCUUCAUGGAAGUGUUUUAGCCAAACUGCUGUAUGCAGCAUAAGGAGUAGCACUUUAUGCAGAAAACAGAAUGAAACCUGCUGUAUCCUCCUGUUCUCAGAAUCAAACAGCAAGUCAUUGUCGAGUACAGCCUUUCCCACCAAACAGUGGCUCCCUAUCAUGGUUACAAUAGCACAAACACAGUGGAUGUGUUAGAUUGAGUAGAUAUGCAGCAGCAAGAUGGGCUUUCUUGGUCAAAAGCCAUCAGUUUUGCUCAGUUUCAUAUUUAAAACAGAAUCUCUAAAGUAACUUUUUACUGUUAAUAUAAGUAAUUAAUAUGUUUUAAACAGAAACAGGGCAAUGCUGCUCUCAAAUGCUUAGGGGAAAAAAAAACUUAAUGUCUUCAAUAUCUGAAGAAAGAAUUGGCCCCUUAAUUCUUCUUGCUCUGCUAGCACCAGGAAUUAGUGCAUCUUAAGUUAAAUUUAAGGGUUUUUUCCAAGUUUGUUUGCCUGCAGUACCUAUUUGUAAUUUAAACUGCCUGAAACCCAUCUUUACAAUUAUUUCUUGGGAGGGGGAGCCAGGUAGACAUACAGAGAAGGUGAAGUAAAUCAGGAUUAAAAAUACUGGUACUCUGAAAAGCAUAGCAAAGUUAGGUGCUAUUGUGCAUGACAUAAGGAUGCAAUUUUCCAAUACAAUCCAUUUACAGCACAUAGAAUAAGUUUUCAUUAAGGAUGGUCUUAAGCUGAAGCUUCAAACCAGAGGGUUUUUUCAACCAUAAAGGUAUCUAGUGUAACAAUGGAAACUGUUACGUGCAGUACUCGAUGGAAACAUUUCUAAAGUGUACACGUGCAACAGUGACAUUUCAUGUUAAAUUAACAAAAAUUUGCACUAAAUACCAACGAAGUGAAGUGUUACUUUGCUUUAGCUUUGUUGCAACCAUUUCUGAUAAAGUAUUGGAAAUCUGUAAAAAUAAACCCAGAACAUUACUACCCAGCUUAAAACAGCAAAAAUAUUUUAAGAACUGAACAAGCCACUAUGUAGUAUAUUGUCUCAAAUUUUUGUAACUUAUACAAACACAAAAUACCAUUUCUUCUGACAAGGUUAUAUAUGAUUAACCUCUAUGUUCAUAUAGUAAUGUAUAAAAACUAUAAGAUGUACAAUUGUGGGGUAUUUGUUGUGUACUUUUUUAAUUUUUCAAAUGUUUUAAAGUGCAAUUGUUUAUUAUACUAAUGUCAUUUUAAUUCUUAUUAAACUAUAACCCAGUCAAAAUUAUCUAA